UGGUCCCGUUAAAAACCCAACUGGGCCAAACUGGGCCCGCAGUUCGAAUGGUCGGUGCGCAGCGAGAGGCCCGGCAUACAGAUCAGCUGCUUGGAGGCAAAACUCAUGGCCACUUUUGACGACAUCUUUGAGGAAGCGGGGAAGUUCGGGCGCUGCCAGAAGCGGGUCUUCGCCCUGCUGUGCAUGGUGUCCAUGCCGUGGGCCGGCGUGUACGUGGGCAUCGUGUUCCAGGGCUUCACGCCGGAUCACUGGUGCCGGGACUCGGCGGCGGUGCAGCGGAGGGAGGCCUGCGGAUGGAGCCGGGAGGAGAGUCGCAGGCUGACGGCGCCGCUGCUCAACAUCACCGGGGUUCUGCAGCGCAGCAGCUGUUUGCGCUACGAAGUGGACUGGAAUGUGACGGAAAACAGCUGCGAUCCACGGGAGACGGACCGGAGCGAAACCCCCACGGCCGGCUGCACCCAGGGCUGGGAGUACGACUAUGACGGGAGGAAGUCCUUCGUCACCGAGUUUGACCUAGUGUGUUCAGACGGGUGGCUGGUGGAUCUGUACCAGGCCACGCUGAACGUUGGCUUCCUGAUCGGCAGCAUCGCCAUCGGUUACCUGGCCGACAGGUUUGGGAGGAAAGUGAGCUUCCUCAUGUCCAACGUGCUGAACGGGAUCGCCGGCAUCCUGGUGGCCGUGGCUCCCAAUUACAUUUCUUUACUGGUUUUCAGGACUCUGUACGGGUUCGGAGUGAAAGGAGGAUGGGUGGCGGGAUACGUACUCAUCACAGAGAUCGUUGGGGUGGAGUUCAGACGGACGGUGGGAGUUAUUUACCAGAUGUUCUUCAGCGUUGGCAUCCUCAUCCUCCCUUUGCUCGCCUACUUCAUCACGGACUGGCGCUGGCUGCAGGUCGUCAUCACCGUCCCCUACAUCCUCUUCCUGUCCUACUACUGGUUCAUCCCUGAAUCUCCAAGAUGGCUGCUGUCUCAGAACAGGAAGUCCAAAGCUGUGAAGAUCACCAAAGACAUGGCGAAGGAAAACAGAAAGACUCUGUCCAAGAUGAUCGAGACGCUGUCGGAUGAUAACGCUGAUUCCUCCACCGCCUCCUUUAUGGACCUGAUCAGAACUCCAAAAAUGAGAAAACACACAAUUAUUCUCAGCUUCAACUGGUUCACCAGUGCCGUCGUCUACCAGGGUUUGAUCAUGCGGUUGGGAAUUCUGGGAGGAAACGUCUACAUCGACUUCCUGAUCUCCGGGCUGGUGGAGUUCCCUGCCGCCUUCCUCAUCCUCUUCACCAUCGAGCGAAUCGGCCGACGCCUCCCAUUCGCCACCGCCAACAUCGUGGCCGGCGCCUCCUGCUUCAUCACAGCCUUCAUCCCUGACAGUAUGUUCUGGUUUAAGACUGUGGUGGCCUGCGUUGGUCGGCUGGGGAUCACCAUGACCUUUGAGAUGGUCGUUUUCGUAAACACUGAACUCUACCCAACAUUUGUCCGGAACUUCGGCGUGUCGGUUUGUUCCACUCUGUGUGACGUUGGGGGCAUUGUCGCUCCUUUCCUGCUCUACAGACUGGCUGUCAUCUGGCUUGAGCUCCCACUCAUCAUUUUUGGAUGUUUGGCCUUCGUGGCUGGUGGUUUAGUUCUCCUUCUUCCAGAAACCAGAGGUGUGCCGCUGCCUGACACCAUCGACCAUAUCGAGUUUCCUGAGAGGGUGAAGGAAAAGAUGAUGCUGGAGAGCCAGCAGGUGGCCAACCUGCUGCCCAACAGCAAUGUGUCGUCCUGCAAAGAACCAGCAGUUGUCUGAUUUAUUUAUUUCUCUUCCUCAACUCUGUUUUUAUUUGUUUGGAUUCACUAAAACUCAUAUUGUUGCUGUACUGUUCACAUAUUCACAGAAGUUAGAGCUAAGAUGAAUCUGCGUUUAUGUUUUCUGCUGUUUAGCUACAGUAUUAAAUUAUUAAAGAGUUUUAUUCUAAAUACACUGGAGUGUUGAGUGUUUUUGUUCAGAGGUAAAAAGUUUUACUGAUUUUUAAUCUAACGUGAUGUUUUAUGGCCAGCAGAGGGCGAUAAUCAUGCAGCUGAAACAUCUGAUAAUCGGGCCUGAAAAUGGAAGUUUUUACUUCAUGAUUUCAUGUUCAAACUAUACAGUCUAUGAACUUUCAUUAGUUCACAGUAACUCACCUUUAUUCAGCUAAAGUUCAUAAUUUAUUGUCUAUAUAUUGUUUCUGUGGAGAAAAUUACAUAUAUUUCUAUGAAGAAGAAAAAAACAAUGAGGAAGUUUAGCUGCUGUUGUGUUUCCAUUUUAAAAUUAAAAAUGAAAUAGAAAAAAGUAUAAAAAGUAAAUUACGUCUAUCAAUUAUUCCUCGUAAAUAUGGUUUAUGUUUUUAGAAUAAGAUUUAAUAAGAGGGACAUUAUUUCUACUUUAGGAUAUAAACAUCUUGAACGCAGCAGUUACAUCAUUCUGACUUAUUUCCACAUUAUUGUCAAUGUUUUAUCUUUAAAACUGAAUUUCUACAUUUUUCUCAGCAUUUCUACAUUUUUCUUGAAAGUUUUGACUUUAUUCUGUAUUGAAGAAGAAGAAACAUGCAGCAUUUGUUUUUCUUGAUCCUCCUUCCUAUAUUUCAUAUAAUGCUGGUUAUGAAGAUGUCCUUUUUCUAAAUAUGUAAAUCAUUGAAUCCUAAACAUUCCUGGAUACCAAUGAUUAUCUGUAUUCCUUGAAUCUGUGAUUGUGUAAUACUUCAUUGAAAACAGAAAGCAUGCUUGUUACAAAUUAUGCGUAUUAAAGUUUGGAUAACUCCUCUGUCAUUCACUCAUUAAAAAUAUUGAAGGUU